CGAAUGCAGCAUGACGGUGGUUUAUCCACGCAAAAUGUUGGCCCGAUUCCAUCCGUACCAUGGUCAGAACAUUAUACUGUUUAACGAGAACACGGUUGCGUAUCGGAAGGCCAGUUUCGGGAAUGCACUCACGUUCAGCGAAAAACCGUUGCAACCGGGUGAAAUCUUUCUGCUAGAGAUCGAGAAGAACGAGCGAGGAUGGAGUGGUCAUAUGCGAUUGGGUCUCACCCAGCUAGACAUUAAACCGGCUUCCGCGCUCCAGUACGCCCUACCAGAUCUAGCCAAUCUUGGACACAGUUGGGUAUUUCCCAUUACCCGCACGGUCGGCAACUCGAUGCUCAAAAGCAACAUCCUCGGCAAUGGGAUUAACGUCAAAACGUCACGCGGUGUCUUUCCGCGCAGUCUGCUCAAACCAAUCUCGCAGGAUGGUGGCGCCAGCACGGACAUACUGCCGACGGACACAAACUCUCGCAUCGGCGUAAUCUUCGUACCGAGCGAGCACGAAGCGGACAAAGCCGAGAUGCACUUUAUCAUCAACGGUGAAGACCAAGGACCGUGCACACAUGACAUCCCCUACACGAAGGGUGCGCUGCACGUGGUGAUUGAUGUGUACGGUACGACGAAGCAAGUAAAGAUCAUCCAGCUGUACGGUAUCUCCACGCUGCAGGGUGCUUGCCGUGAUGCAAUACUGGCCCGGGUAAAGAAAUCUGCCAUUCCCGAGCUGCCGUUACCGGAAAGUUUGAAAAACUAUUUGCUACAGUAUGGGCUGUAGAGUGGACUGCCAUUGGACGGGUUCAGUUCCUGUA